UUUGAAUUCCUUACAAAAGUAGGAGCGACUGCCUUUUUUCCAAACUGUUUCCUCAUUGCGCAUGAUUAUGUAUCCUUUCUGAAAGCAGGAAGCAGCACACUGUCAAUCGUAGUAAGACAGAUAACAGCAUUUCCUUGGAAGAGCCAUUCAACUGCAGUGUUUACAGAGGUGUUUUGACUGUCGCUUUCUGUGGCUACAAAUUCAUUCAGACGAAUGUCAGUAACUUUGGCCCUUGAUCUUUGAUUACCGAUGGACCAACAGGUUGGUGAAGAUCAUUACUUUGCAUUUGAAAUAAAUCUAACUUUCUGUUUAGACUUUUUUUUAUGUAGCUGAGCUACGUUCUGAUAGAAGUUAAGCAUUUUCAUUUUCACGAAAACAUUAAUAUGCUUUGACGGUGAUGUAUGCACAGUAGCUACCUGUGUGUGAUUGACACGCAACAUGGAAUUUGAUCAUCACAUGCUCUUGGCCAAUAAAGUUGUCUUGGCUCUUUCAGGUAUUCAUCAAUGGAAACGAAAUACAUUGUAUGGGGCGGCAGGUAGUUUAGUGGUUAAGAGCGUUGUGCCAGUAACCGAAAGGUCGCUGGUUCUAAUCCCCGAGCCGACUAGGUGAAAAAUCUGUCGAUGUGUCCUUGAGCAAGACACUUAACCCUAAUUGCUCCUGUAAAUCGCUCUGGAUAAGAGCGUCUGCUAAAUGACUUAAAUGUAUGUCAGAGCGUGGUCAUGGUUUUAGUUCUGCAGCUAUAAUUUUUUUAUUUAACCAUUACUUUACUAUGCAAGUCAGUUAAGAUCAAAUCCUUAUUUACAAUGAUGGCCUACCCCGGUCUCCCAAUCACGGCCGGAUUGUGAUACAGCCUGGAAUCGAACCAGGGUCUGUAGUGAGGCCUCUAGCACUGAGAUGCAGUGCCUUAGAACGCUGCACCACUCGGGAGCCAUGACGUGAUUCAUGUGUAUCAUAUGAACACUUGUUGUUCUCCUAUGCAAAGGAAUGCAGGAACUGGUGACUGGUCGCCUUUCAAACAGCCCAUUAGAAAAUCACAGGUCUAUUGUAGAUGCCAAAGAGAUAUGAGUGCAGUUACUGAGUUUUUUUAUUUAAAAAAAAAUUGAAAUCUCAAAAGGCACUUAUUUUCAAUACAGUAGCACUAGGCCAUCCACCCAUCAUAAAGUGAACUGUGCCACUCCUCUGUAGAGUUUUCUCAGUGACCUAUUAAAGGGUAUCUCCGUCUUCAGCACACAUGAAUCCAAUUUGCCCAGAACUGCCCCUCAAGCAGGGAAAUGCAAUUAAAGUUGGUUUAUCUUUUAUCUCCUGAGAUGGCUGCCUUUACAGAGGAGAAGAGCUUGUACUUUACAUGACUACAGCUGUAUGUCCAUCAACUCUGCCUUGUUGUUUGCGAGGUGAUUCCAUGGUUGCUUUUGAUGACACAUUUUUUAUGGUUUCUCAGAGCAUUUGGUUUAUUGGCCUAGUAGUGAUCAGGUGAGCUGUGUUUCAAGCCUGCGGGCCUCUCGGCUUGAUGUUGUUGUUGUUGGGAAUAUCUAUUAAAAGGUGAUAUAAUAAGCAGGAUGUCAUGUGUUCUUUUUCUUGUUAUCCAGCUGCUGUGAUCAAGGGUAAAACAACUUGCCCAAAUGAACAAGCCAAGGAGUGUGACUCCUGUUUCUAAAGAACAAUAUCUCUCUCUCUCUCUCUCUCUCUCUCUCUCGCUUGCUCCUCCAAAGCACAGAUCCCAUGCUUGGAUGUGAUUCCACCAUUGUGAGCCUGAGGUACAGAGGAGGAAAGUCAGGUUCUGAUGGCAGACCAUCUUCCCUCAGGGUUACUGGAAGCAUGUGUUGUCGUCGGAGCCUCUGGGGAUAAACUCAAGGAUGUCUACCAGGUAAUGCCAAUCAGCAAAUGCAAUUUUUUAUACAAAGCUUAUUAGGCUAGGUUGUUGUUGAAUAAAUAUUGAAUCAAAAAGCCCUAUGUGCCCUGUCUGUAAAAUGGAGGUUAACAUGGAAUGUUCUGUUUAGUCUUUACAGCAGGGCAACAGGACAACAGACAUCCCUUUUUUAGACCCAGAGGUCUUGCAAGUCCACGUGCCUCCGUUUGUGACCAAAGAGAAUGCCGAUGAGUCUGGUGGCCCCAAAACCUUCAGUCGAGUCCAGUGCAGACGGUCCUUUAUCAAGAAGAAGGAGAGGCCAGUGGUGGCUCCUAGUGGCACUGGAGGGGCAGGGAGCAGUGAGGGGGCCACUAUAACGGAGGAUGUCAGCGUCCCCAAGGACAUCGACCUCAUGGCCCUGCCCCAACUCUGCUUUCCAGGUAGAGUAUAUCGUGAAGCUGAUAGCCAGUUAAAUUUGUCAGUGUUGGGAUUAUAAAGAUGACUUGACUUGUUUUGACUUGACUUGAGGUAAACGCCAUACCAAAAUGAAGGCUGACAGACAUCCCUAUUUACAAUGUCAUUGCAUUAAAACAUUAGCUCGAAGACAUUGCCCAAUGCACUGUCUAACAAUAGAGAGAUACAAAUAAUCCUUCUUUUCUGAAAUCAGGGGGGCUUCAAGUAACAAAUGAACCAAAAGAAGAGCGCUUUCACUUUCUAGUCUUCACGGAUGUGUUCGGUAACCAAACCCAUGGAGUGGUUGUUCAGUGUUAUAGACCAUUUCAGGUGUGAGACUUCCCUUUUUUUUCUCCUUCAUAAACAUAUGAUCAUUUUCAUUAUAAAGCUGUGCAAAACAAAACACUGUGUUAAACGCUUUCGCUAUAACGCUUCUUCCUGCGAAAUACUCAAUGCUCAGACAGUUGAUUUGUCACUUCUGUCCUCAUAGGAAGGGUCAAUGUUCUAUCAGAAUGGACACUGGUCAUCCACCAAGACCACUAAGCACUACAUUGCUUAUGCCAUCUGUGUCAUAUCCAAGCAUCCUUACUACAAUGCUCUCAAGGACUGUCUGUCUUGGUAAGGGUCAAUACAUCUUCAGUACAGCCGUAUCUGUGUAUUGUCAUUUCUUAAAUCUUUCAUUCUCUUCUGUACACUUCCGUAGUUUGCUGGUACAGCUUAGAACAUGCAGGUUGUCUGAAGAGAGGGUGAAGGAAUUUGCAGCCAAACUGGCUCUGGUGCCCAUUCCACCCCCUGGACAACUACAUGUGGUGAGCUGCUUUAUAUCUAUCCAAACUGCUAGGCUAACUGAAGUACCAGUGGUUGGUUGUAUUUUAACACCAGUCACUCUACAUGGACAAUGCAUUGUUAGGGUUUGAUUCCUCCUCGGUCCCUCACGUCUCCCCCUCUCUCCAUCCAACGGUCUGAAUAAAAAUGACCCAAAAAUACAAACCACUCUACUACUACUACUACCUGACUGUGUAGUGAUGUUGAUGAUGUAUUCACCCCUGACUGUGCCCAGGUGUUCAACCUGAGACCCCUGAUGAUCGUACUACCUUCCAGAGAGGAUAAAGAUCACCCCGUUGUAGACCUGGACCUCCAUCUGCCCUUCCUGUGCUUUAGGUCCAAACAGAUUUUACAGGUGAGGACAGGUAACAGCAUUUUCUACAACGAGCCAUUCAACUGAAGUGUUCGGAGUGGUGUUUUAACUUCGUCCUAGUCUGGCAACACAAAUGUCUGUUUCAAUGGACAAUAUAGUUCUGCUCUCCUCUCCUCUCCUCUCCUCUCCUCUCCUCUCCUCUCCUCUCCUCUCCUCUCCUCUCCUCUCCUCUCCUCUCUGGUUGUAUUGACCCCUGGCCCUGUGUUGGUUUGUCCAGAUCAUCACUGGUAUCCUGAUGGAGCAGAGGGUAGUGUUCUUCUCAGCUGACUGGGCCCGCCUCACCCUGGUGGCAGAGUGUUUCAUGGUCUACAUCCACCCCCUCCACUGGCAGCACCCCUACGUGCCCAUCCUCUCAGGCCAGAUGCUGGACUUCGUCAUGGCCCCCACCGCCUUCCUCAUGGGCUGCCACCUCAACCACUUUGAGGAGGUCGCUGCGGUAGGAGGCUUUGUAUUAGUAGUAGUAGUUUCUUUAUUACAACCUUGGUACAUCCUUUAUAUAACCAUGGUUAUGUCUUUGGUAUGUUAUUUGAUGUCGGACAACAAUAUGAUUUUCAUGAUGUCGUUGCGACAAGUGUCCAUCUGUCCAUAUACAGUGUUUAGACCUACUGCUUGGUUUUAGUGUCUUGUUCCGUUUCCAAACAGUUGAAAUGUCAUCGCAGUUGGAGAAAGAAAGCUUUGACUUUUGAAUGUUUUUGGAACUCUCUUCUAUUCUCUAUGACAGGAAACAGACGACCUGAUCUUGAUUAAUAUCGAUGAUGGAACAGUGUCUUCCUCCUGCUCAGAGACUGUCGACCUACCAGAUGUCCCCUUCGCUUCAGCAGAGUGUUUUACCAAGCGGUAGGACACACAUUCCAAAUGGCACCCUAUUCUAUAUAUAGUGAACUACUAGGGAAUAGUGUACUACUUUUGACCAGAGUCUUAUGGGCCCUGGUAAAAAGUAGUGCACUAUAUAGGGAAUAGGGUGCGAUUUGAGAAUCAAAUACAAUUUUAUUUGUGACAUGCUUCGUAAAGAACAAGUGUCGACUAACAGUGAAAUGCUUACUUGCGGGCCCUUCCCAACAAUGCAGAGAGAAAAACAUUAUAACAGGAGGAAUACAUAGACAAUGCAGACUAUGUGCUCUGUUCUGUGCUGAAGCUCACUACAACUGAAAUGAGACAUCCAUUGUCUCAAUAACACAGAAUGAGGAUAUUGAGAGGUAGAAUAUCACAUCAGUUAUCACUCACAUUCUGGCACGAACAGUCAUGUUUAUAUAACAUAGUUUUUUUGUGUCAGUGAGUGAACAACAGUUUUCUCCUCCUGCUGCUCUACAGGAGGAAAGGCCUCCAGCUACAAUAUGAUCUGGAGGUGUGUCACCAAGGGGCCGGCGCAGACAUUAACGAGAUGCGCAUGCUGAGAAGAAAAUGGCAGCAGAACCUGAACUGGGAAAUACAGAAGGUUACCUUGGAGAUAAUUGUCAACAUGUUCAGGUCAGUCGUACUGUUCAGACUCUUUUUCUGAGGUGCUUAAAGUAUGACAUCAUCAUACACAGCGGGUGGACUUCCUGCUUACAGACAUCAACAAGUGAAUUCAAAUCUGCCAAGACUGCUCUCCCUUGAGGAAUGCCCACACUGGGAAGAGCCAAUAGUGGCAUAUGUGAGAUUUUGUUGGUGUUGUUUUCUAUAAGGAGGAAGUCACCCCGGUGAGGUGUACGAAGAUGUUAUAUUUCCUAGUCUUUAAAGGCACUAAUGUAGCCUGUGUAUUAAUGGUCCGUUGCAUUUCCGCCUUUCAUCAGGGAUGUCAGUGGUCACCUGAACUAUGAACACAGAGUGUUUAACAGUGAAGAGUUCCUGAAGACCAGAGAGCUAGCUGACCAACCCUUUUAUAAAAAGGUACAUGUUGAUCACUAUCGCUAUAAAGAGUACGGUUGAUUCCUACGGUCAAUUUAUACCUGUGUGUCCGUGUAGGUCUUGGAGACACACAUCUUUCAUUCAUUCCUGAAGGACCGCCUCAAUAGGAAGAUGGAUGCUUUCACACGCAUGGAAGUCAACACUCGCUCAGAGACACAGAAGUAAGCUCUCACUUACAAUAUCCCAUUCCUGCAUAUCCCUUCCCCUACCCUCCAAAUCACUUUUCUCCCUGAUGGGUACAGUGAUGGUUAGAAUGAAUACUGACUUAUGGCACCACUGGGAACUGCCUGGACAUGUUAUGGAAUUCAGUCCAAUUAUUCAGUCACGGAAUUAUUUUAUAGAACACACCGCUGCAAACAUGCUUUGUUAACAUCAAAGGAAGAGUUUCUCCACAAGUCUGAUCCAGUUAUCCAGUCUGUUGGAUGUUGUAUCGUUGUUGAAUAUUUGAAUGAACAGCGGAGGGGGUUUUCUCAAACCUCUCUUCGAGAACCCCCAUCCAUUUACAGUGUUUGAGAGCUUCGAUGAUUAGUUGACCAGUUAGGCUUGAUGAUUAGUUGACCAGUUAGGCUUGAUGAUUAGUUGACCAGUUAGGCUUGAUGAUUAGUUGACCAGUUAGGCUGGAUGAUUAGUUGACCAGUUAGGCUUGAUGAUUAGUUGACCAGUUAGGCUGGAUGAUUAGUUGACCAGUUAGGCUGGAUGAUUAGUUGACCAGUUAGGCUGGAUGAUUAGUUGACCAGUUAGGCUUGAUGAUUAGUUGACCAGUUAGGCUGGAUGAUUAGUUGACCAGUUAGGCUUGAUGAUUAGUUGACCAGUUAGGCUGGAUGAUUAGUUGACCAGUUAGGCUGGAUGAUUAGUUGACCAGUUAGGCUUGAUGAUUAGUUGACCAGUUAGGCUUGAUGAUUAGUUGACCAGUUAGGCUUGAUGAUUAGUUGACCAGUUAGGCUUGAUGAUUAGUUGACCAGUUGAAUCAGGUGUGCUAGUGCUGGAAUAGAUCAAGUGGAAGAAACUGGCUAGGGAUACUGGAGGAGCGAUUUGGGAAAUUAUUGAAUUCUGUUACGUAACACACCACUGCAAACAUGCUAAAUCUAUGGCAGGUUUAGGGUCUUGUAUGGCAUUUAGGGUCUUGUAUGGUAUUUAGGGUCCUGUAUGGUAUUUAGGGUCUGUAUGGUAUUUAGGGUACUGUAUGGUAUUUAGGGUCUGUAUGGUAUACAGUCCUGUAUGGUAUUUAGGGUCUGUAUGGUAUACAGUCCUGUAUGGUAUUUAGGGUCUGUAUGGUAUUUAGGGUCUGUAUGGUAUUUAGGGUCUGUAUGGUAUUUAGGGUCUGUAUGGUAUUUAGGGUCUGUAUGGUAUUUAGGGUCUGUAUGGUAUUUAGGGUCCUGUAUGGUAUUUAGGGUACUGUAUGGUAUUUAGGGUACUGUAUGGUAUUUAGGGUCUGUAUGGUAUACAGUCCUGUAUGGUAUUUAGGGUACUGUAUGGUAUUUAGGGUACUGUAUGGUAUUUAGGGUACUGUAUGGUAUACAGUCCUGUAUGCUAUUUAGGGUCGGUAUAGUAUACAGUCCUGUAUGGUAUUUAGGGUCUGUAUGGUAUACAGUCCUGUAUGGUAUUUAGGGUCUGUAUGGUAUUUAGGGUCUGUAUGGUAUACAGUCCUGUAUGGUAUUUAGGGUCUGUAUGGUAUUUGGGGUCCUGUAUGUUAUUUAGGGUCUGUAUGGUAUACAGUCCUGUAUUAUAUGUGUCCCAUGUCAGAAUGAAGGCGAUGAUAGACAUCCCCAGGAGGCCCACCAUGCAGGAGAUGGCCAGGAAGUAUAGCAGUGGCCCAGAGAACCAUCUGAACAAGAGGCUGGGGAUGAGCCUCCCCAACCUGGGAGAGGAGCGCCUCCUCAGACAUACCUCCCUCAAGAAGAUCAUCAUCCCUGAGAGUGGUGAGUACACUCUUAGAAAAAAGGGUUCCAAAAGGGUUCUUUGGGCUGUCCCCAUAGGAGAACCCUUUUUGGUUCCAGGUAGAACCCUUUUUGGUUCUAGUUAGAACCCUUUUGGGUUCCAUAUAGAACUCUCUGUGGAAAGGGUUGUACAUGGAACCCAAAAGCGUUCUACCUGGAACCAAAAAUGGUUCUUCAAAGGGUCCUCUUAUCCUAUGGGGACAGCCGAAGAACCCUUUUAGGUUCUAGAUGGCACCUUUUUUUUUCUAAGAGGGUUACAAACUUCCAGUAACUUUCCCCAAAUUCCCAGAAAUCCUGGUUGGAAGGUUACUAGAAUUAGGAUGGAGUAAGCAGGAAGGUUAAAGUCAAGUGCAAGUCAUUAGGCCUUCUGUGAACAAGAAGAUUCAUCUUAAAAAGGGACAUUUCACAAAUGUUCAACUUCAUAUUCAUCAUCUCCAGCAUCACCCCAACAUCAACAUAUGUGAAAAUGGCAUGUUUCUAUAUUUUGUAGUAAAAAAAAUUGAGCGAGUUAAGCGUUCCAAUGACAUCAUUGGUGAGCGUCAUGUGAUAUUAACCAAUUAUGAGGAGGCAUUACCUACUAAUUGCUUACUAAUUGUCUUGUUGUUGGUUGAUGUCAUUGAAAACACUUAUCCCCCUCUAUCUUUUUUACUAUAAAACAUAGAAACGCGCCAUUUUAACAUAUGUUGAUGUUGGGGUGGUGCUGGAGAUGAUAAAUAUGAAGUAAUUUGUUUUGUAUUUUUCCUUUAAUGCUCCUAUGUUUACAGUGUCAGUCUUUUUCUACAUAGCCCUGAAGAUCCCGCCCAAGCCUGUGAAGAUCUUCGAGCUGCCAGAGUUUCCUCCUCCCAUGGUGCACCACUAUGUCCAGAAAUACUACGGAGAGCUGAUCAUACUACUGGGGAAGGCCAUCUUCUGUGUUCCUCCUGAGAACUCCACUCUCCUGGCCAGGUACUUCUGCUUUGUUUAGAACAUUAGGUUUACUCAUUUAUAUUUGUCAAGCCACAAUUUAAACAAACUACAUCUAAAAAAAGUCCUCAAAGUGACCGAACCGCCGAGUUUACAAAGGCAAUGCUCCUGCCGGUAGCAACGAGAGGCACCUGGUGGGCGAGAAAGAGAGAGGGCGCAUUAGUGUGUGUCCAACCGGUCAGAAUACGCACUACAUACGUGCUUCACAAAUAAUUUAUAAGCAAAGUCACACUACUGUCCAUACAAUCCUUUCCCUAUUUCCAAGGUACUUUUACCUGCGCGGCUUCAUGAACAAGCUGUGUUCCAAGCGUCUUGACGCCCUCAGCGACUUCCAGAACCUCUACAAGACGGACAUCGAGAUCUUCCCCACCGUCCUGGUGAAGACACUAGUGGACUCGCUGCAGAAGGACGAGCGCUCCCAGGCAGACCAGCGGCCAGAGCUCAAGCGGCUCAUCUUCAAGGUGAAGACAGACAACGAGAUGGUGCUGGUCCAAGCUGACGACCACGUGAAGAAGUUUCAGCUCCCUAAAACCCACAUGCUGCAGGAGGACUUUGUGAAGCGCAUCCAGGAGUCUGGGAUUGUGAAAGACGUCGCCACCAUCCAUAGGUUGUUUGAGGCUCUCACUGUGGGUAAGUUGAGAUUUACCAUCCGUAGGCUGUUUGUGUCACGAUUUAACUGGAUAUGAACCCAGAUGCAGACAACUACACCGAGCCAGAGAAGGUUUAACAGGUUUAUUUACAAAGUUCAAUUUGUCCAGGUUUCCAAAAAUAGGGGAAGAGCAAGUCCAGGUUUACAGGGAGGGUAACAGAUCCAGGUUCUGAGCAGGAGUGGUACCGUAACGUCCUAGUGUCCGUGGUGAGUCCAAAAGGGAGGUCCGGUAGUGGAAAGCAGGAUGGUGGUGGCAGGAGUGAAGCGGAGGCAGGAGUCAGGUUCCAAUAAUCUGUGGCACAGGAGAAAAGUAACUAGAACAGGCCAAAAACACAAAGAGCGAAAACAAGCAGGUUGAGUCAACAGCGAGACUAACAUGGUCGUCUUGACUAUGAUCUGACGAUGAGUGGCAAGUUUGACCGGGUCUUUAAGGCUGUGGUGAUUAUGGUGAAUGAGCUGCAGCUGGAACCCUGACUCCCGCACACCAGACUUCACUCCUGCAAUCAAGAACAGACAGAGGGGAGGGGGAGAGCAGAGAGAGAGCUACCUAGCAGCAGUAGGCCUAACAGUUUGAGGCUCUCACUGUGGGUAAAUUGAGAUUUACCAUCCAUAGGAUGUUUGAGGCUCUCACUGUGGGUAAGUGACUUACCCAUCCGUAGGCUCUUUGAGGCUCUCACUGUGGGUAAAUUGAGAUUGACCAUCCAUAGGAUGUUUGAGGCUCUCACUGUGGGUAAAUUGAGAUUUACCAUCCAUAGGAUGUUUGAGGCUCUCACUGUGGGUAAGUUGAGACUUACCAUCCAUAGGCUGUUUGAGGCUCUCACUGUGAGUAAGUUGAGAUUUACCAUCCGUAGGCUGUUUGAGGCUCUCACUGUGGGAAAGUGACUUAGCGGUCAGGCCUCUCAUUGACAGGACAUGGAAAUACAUGAGCAGUACAGUAUGGUUGUACUAUAACAAUAAGAUCACCCAGAAUAAUAAACAAGUGAUUGAUCUGUUAAUACAGUUUGAAAUACAGUACUACUCUGCCUAGGAACACGGUGUGUGUCAUCUGAUUAUCCUUACUUUAUUAAUAGGAUCUUGUAAGAGUGACUUGGGUUUGGAUUCAGCCAUGAGGAGUCCCUCCAAAUCAGUAUUUUACAUUGACUCCUCAUUGGAUGGUAAGCAAAAGACUAGGCCUAUGUCCAGUUUGCCUGCAGCAUCCCAUCGUAUGACGUGGCAUCUCUGAUUUUUCUCUCCAUCUUCAUCUAUGCUUGGAUUUAACGCUCGUUCCAUGACAUCAUACAUGAGAUGUAUGGCUGUUGUUUCAUGGGGCAUCUUCAGCUAUGAAAGACGUAUACGUGUGCUCUUUGCUUUGACAAAACACAGUGUUCCUGUUUACAAUGGAUGCUGUUUGAAGUAGCUUGUUUCUAUUGGCUUGUAUGACAUGCAUGAACAUCAAACUAAAAUGAUGGAAUGCAUUUGCAUGGUUUUAAUGUUCGUUUGAUGAGCAUGUUCUCUUCAGGUUGCUGAGGCUUGUCAUGCCUUGUUUAGAUUCACACCACGACUCAUACAAAGAAUGGCUCCUUGAAGACUGGAGUUGAUCUUUCUUCUAAGAGUAGGUUACCUCUGUUUUCCAGGGCAACAGAAGCAGAUUGACCCAGAGGUGUUCCGUGUGUUCUACACCUUCUGGAAGGAGACGGAGGUGGAGGCCCAGGACGUUCACCUGCCAGCUGAGGUCAUAGAGCACCUGGACAACAACGAGUGUGUCUACAAGCUGUCCUGCUCCGUCAAAACCAACCAGGGAGUGGGCAAGAUCGCCAUGACACAGAAGAGGCUCUUCCUGCUCACUGACGGGAGGCCUGGGUUUAUCGAGAUCACCAAGUUCAGAGACAUAGAGGUGUGGUUACUUUAUGUUUAGGCAGUAGUAGUAGUACUGUUCAGGGAUGAGUUCUCUGAAAGCUUUUGUAGUUCUAAAAUAAUAUUUGGCAAGUAUAGGCAAUGGACGAAAGAUGAUCUUAGUGCUAUGAAGCUUUUGGAAACUCACUGAGUAAUUAAUAAUACGGAAGGGUACAUUGGUAUGACUACAGUGUAUUGCCUUCAAUGUUUGGCUUUGUUCAAAGGAAAAUAUGCCAUGAUGACGAUGACUCAUCUGAUAUUCCUCUCCUCACAUUUCAGUUGAAUGCAUUCAGUUGUCCAACUGACUAGGUAUCCCCCUUUCAGGAGGUGAAAAUCUCCUUUGCUCCGUUCCUGCUGCUGAGGAUCCCGUCUCUGAAGAUCAAGUGCAGUCUGAGGAAGGAGGUGUUUGAGGCCAACCUGAAGUCUGAGUGUGACCUGUGGAACCUCAUGGUCAAAGAGAUGUGGGCUGGGAGGAGGAUGGCAGACGACCACAAGGUAGGAUAUAAACUUUGACAUGAUCUCAAAGACUGGUGCUACAUUCAGUAGGGUAUACUGUAUGUAACCAAGUUGAAUUCAUUAAACUAACUCAGCUUGAAAUACCACAACCAGCACUGUGGAAUUGCUAUAUUUUCGGUGGCGCAGCUGUCUGAAGGAAGCAAAGCUGUUAAGCAGUGCAGUGACUUCUGUUAAACACUUUGUGGAACGUGUGGGUAGAAAUAUUAGCAUAGUCCAUUUUGUCCUCCUGAAUGCGUCCUGUGGUUAUUCAUAAUCUUGAAAAACAUGUCACAUUCUUUUAUUACCGUAUUAUGAAAGAUCGGUUGGCACUUUUGGCAGCAGACUUUCCUAAGGUCACAACAGCAUCCUUUCUCAAACUAUAGCAUCCUUUCUAAAAAAGCUGUUGUUUCCUAAAUCACACUUUCCUUCUUUUUUUUUUACUCUGGGGGAAACACUGGCCUGAUGGUUUUCUGCAAGCUUCCUGAAGUGAUAUUAUUCUUAAAGUACAUGCUUGUCCCGCCCCUCUGGCCUGAUGGUUUCCUGCAGGCUUCCUAACGUGAUAUUAAUGUUACGGUACAGGCUUGUCCCGCCCCUCUGGCCUGAUGGUUUCCUGCAGGCUUCCUAACGUGAUAUUAAUCUUACGGUACAGGCUUGUCCCGCCCCUCUUGCCUGAUGGUUUCCUGCAGGCUUCCUAAUGUGAUAUUAAUCUUACGGUACAGGCUUGUCCCGCCCCUCUGCUCUUGUGGAAAACAUGAUAUUUUGUCCUAAUGCUUUUCUCCUGUUAAUGUGAUCUCUGGUUAAUUGGCCCUACUCAUUGUACAUUGUAGUGUGUAGUAGGUUAUAUAUAUCUCUCUUAUAGGAUCCUCAGUACAGGAAGUGUGUGUAUAUUGUCAUGUUCCCUUUAAGGAUCCUCAGUACAGGCAGUGUGUGUAUAAGUUGUCAUGUUCCCUUUAAGGAUCCUCAGUACAGGCAGUGUGUGUAUAAGUUGUCAUGUUCCCUUUAAGGAUCCUCAGUACAGGAAGUGUGUGUAUAUUGUCAUGUUCCCUUUAAGGAUCCUCAGUACAGGCAGUGUGUGUAUAAGUUGUCAUGUUCCCUUUAAGGAUCCUCAGUACAGGAAGUGUGUGUAUAGUUGUCAUGUUCCCUUUAAGGAUCCUCAGUACAGGAGUGUGUGUAUAUUGUCAUGUUCCCUUUAAGGAUCCUCAGUACAGUGCAGUGUGUGUAUAAGUUGUCAUGUUCCCUUUAAGGAUCCUCAGUACAGGCAGUGUGUGUAUAUUGUCAUGUUCCCUUUAAGGAUCCUCAGUACAGGAAGUGUGUGUAUAAGUUGUCAUGUUCCCUUUAAGGAUCCUCAGUACAGGAAGUGUGUGUAUAUUGUCAUGUUCCCUUUAAGGAUCCUCUGUACUGGCAGUGUGUGUAUAAGUUGUCAUGUUCCCUUUAAGGAUCCUCAGUACAUGCAGCAGGCUUUGACUAACGUCCUGCUCAUGGAUGCUGUGGUUGGGUGCCUUCAGACCCAGAAGGCCAUAUUUGCCGCCUCCAAACUGGCAUACUUUGACAGAGUGAAACAUGAAGGUAUGCAUUAUGGUCCAGAUACACUGUCGAUUUUUUUUUGCAUAUAAAUCAGCUGUAAGCUUUACCAUUUGUAUUUUUAAGGGUGGGGGGUUCCGGACACAGAUUUAGCCUAGUCCUGGAAUAAAAGACAAACUCAAUGGAGAAUCAUUGAAACAUUUAUUUAGUCCAGGAGUUUCCAGGAAACCAGCCCUCGGAGUUCAAGGAUCAAGUAUACAACUAAAUCAAUGACAUUGUAUGACCCUCUGAAGAACAAUAGUGUUUGAUAUUCAUUGUGAUUUUCUGUAAUCAGGAUAGUGAAUAAUCUUCUGAUAUGACGCCAUGAUGUCAUUUUGUCUCCUGUCUGUGAGCAGUUCCUAUGAUGGUUCCGAAGACGACAUCGGAGAUGUUGAAACACAAGAUCAAUCCAUCGCUUGACCUCCCAGCUCCCCAGACUGUACAGGUCUUACUCUACACACCAGGUGAGGGGAUACAGACUGCUGAGUUUCUAUGAUAGUUUCAGUCUCUAAUCUUCACUCUGAUGUAUCUGCCUGUAAGAUAGAAGUUGUUUACGUGCCAGUUAAGUGCAUGUCCUAACAUGUCCAGUUAAGUACAUGAAGAGAUGUGCUGAUACAUAUUGACCAUAUUGUUGCUAUGCAACCAGUGAACUGGCCAUCAUUGCUAGCCAUGCUCUCUCUCUGUGUUAUCUGAGACAGUCACAAGAUGACAUGAUGGUGGACGGUGUUAAAUUGACCAAUUUAGCAUCAGUAAUACAUCUGAGUUGAAAACCAGAGGAGCUUUGAAGCCAUCUUUGUUGGCUGCAAAUACACACUAGUGGAAAGCACCCAGACAGGUCUAAUUGUUUGUCUACUCUCAGCUGUUUACUUAGACGAGUACAUGCGCAUGUAUUGUGAACUUUUGUCUAAUUUCUUCACACAUGUCAGGUGUGGUAGCUUAUGAACAUGUUAUACUGUACAGUAUGAGUCAACAAACGUAAUAUGAUCUCAAAGGCACUGGGGAAAAAAAAACAUUCUAUGUUGUAAUGGAGAGCUAUAUACCAUAUACACAUAAUAUAUAUAUGCCUGUGGGAGUAUCCAUUGACUGACUGACCCAUGGAUUAUACAGGUUUAGUGUAUUUGAUGUUGAUGUAGACAUUCACAGGUAAAAGCUGAACUGCUGUGACUGACUAUCCAGUCUCUCUCUCUGUCUAUCCAGGCCAGUUGAGUUACUCGGAGGCAGACGGAGAUGGGAACCCCAAGCUGUGGUGUGCCCUCAGUGGUGGGAGGGUGGUCGUGUUUGAUGCAGCCAGCUGGUCCAUGCAGCAGAACUGUAUUCAAGUGGGAUCCUCCCAACUGGUAUGAUGUCUGCAAGCGUACACAUACCAUUUCCCCUGCACUCUCCCUGGCCUAUCACUCAAGCCUCCCUGCUAGGCUUUGUUCCACUAUUCACAUUAUAGUAGCAUAUCACUUAGAGAGAAGCAUUGGAUUUGGCCAUGCAUUCUAAGGGUUAUAUGCUAGUGUGGAUAUUGGAACAUGUCCUUUGUUUCAGUGAAAAUGCUUACAGAUAGCCAUUGAAAAUAAAUUGUUAUAUUGAAUUAAGUACACAGUGAUCUCUUUCUCUCUGUCUCUGUCUCUCUCUCACUCUCUAGCUCUGUUUCACUCUCACUCUCUCACUCUCUAGCUCUGUUUCACUUGUUCUCUCUCUCUCCCUCUCACUCUCUAGCUCUGUUUCACUCGUUCUCUCUCUCUCUCUCUCUCUCUCCCUCUCUAGCUCUCAUUUUCUCUCUUUCUUUCUCUCUCUCUUUCUCUCUCUCUCUCUCUCCCUCUCUAGCUCUCAUUUUCUCUUUCUCUCUCUCUCCCUCUCUCUAGCUCUAAUUUUCUCUCUUUCUCUCUCGCUCUCUCUCUCUCUCCCUCUCUCUAUCUCUCAUUUCCACUCUCUCCCUCUCUCUCUUUUUCUUCUGUUGAUAGUGUUUCCUCCUGGUGGUCCUGUAAUGUAUUUCUGUCGUCUCAUGAACAGGAGUUCCUACCAUUCACAUGACAGUGGAUUAAACCUGGAUAUGACUUGCAAAAGUAUUCAUCCCCUUGGUGUUUUUUCUAUUUUGUUGCAUUACAACCUGUAAUUUCAAUGGAUUUUUAUUUGGAUUUCAUGUAAUGGACAUACACAAAAUAGUCAAAAUUGGUGAAGUAAAAAAAUUUAACUUGUUUAAAAAAAUUCCCAAAAAUAAAUAACGGAAAAGUGGUGUGUGCAUAUGUAUUCAUCCCCUUUGCUAUGAAGCCCCUAAAUAACAUUUGGUGCAACCAAUUACCUUCAGAAGUCACAUAAUUAGUUAAAUAAAGGCCACCUGUGUGCAAUCUAAGUGUCAAAUGAUCUGUCACAUGAUCUCAGUAUAUAUACACCUGUUCUGAAAGGCCCCAGAGUCUGCAACACCACUAAGCAAGGGGCAACACCAAGCAAGCGGCACCAUGAAGAGCUAGGUGCUCUCCAAACAGGUCAGGGACAAAGUUGUGGAGAAGUACAGAUCAGGGAUGGGUUAUAAAAAAAUAUCCGAAACUUUGAACAUCCCACGGAACACCAUUAAAUCCAUUAUUAAAAAAAAAUGGCCCCACAACAGACCUGCGAAGAGAGGGCCACCCACCAAAACUCACGGACCAGGCAAGGACGGCAUUAAUCAGAGAGGCAACAAAGAGACCAAAGAUAACCCUGAAGGAGCUGCAAAGCUCCACAGUGGAGAUUGGAGUAUCUGUCCAUAGGACCACUUUAAGCCGUACACUCCACAGAGCUGGGCUUUAUGGAAGAGUGGCCAGAAAAAAGCCAUUGCUUAAAGAGAAAAAUAAGCAAACACGUUUGGUGUUCGCCAAAAGGCAUGUGGGAGACUCCCCAAACAUAUGGAAGAAGGUACUCUGGUCAGAUGAGACUAAAAUUGAGCUUUUUGGCCAUCAAGGAAAACGCUAUGUCUGGCGCAAACCCAACACCUCUCAUCACCCCGAGAACACGAUCCACGAUGUUUUUCAUCGGCAGGGACUGGGAAACUGGUCAGAAUUGAAGGAAUGAUGGAUGGUGCUAAAUACAGGGAAAUUCUUGAGGGAAACCUGUUUCAGUCUUCCAGAGAUUUGAGACUGGGACGGAGGUUCACCUUCCAGCAGGACAAUGACCCUAAGCAUACUGCUAAAGCAACACUCGAGUGGUUUAAUGGGAAACAUUUAAAUGUUUUGGAAUGGCCUAGUCAAAGCCCAGACCUCAAUCCAAUUGAGAAUCUGUGGUAUGACUUAAAGAUUGCUGUACACCAGCGGAACCCAUCCAACUUGAAGGAGCUAGAGCAGUUUUGUCUUGAAGAAUGGGCAAAAAUCCCAGUGGCUAGAUGUGCCAAGCUUAUAGAGACAUACCCCAAGAGACUUGCAGCUGUAAUUGCUGCAAAAGGUGGCUCUACAAAGUAUUGACUUUGGGGGGGUGAAUAGUUAUGCACGCUCAAGUUUUCUGUUUUUUUGUUUUAUUUCUUGUUUGUUUCACAAUAAAAAAUAUUUUGGAUCUUCAAAGUGGUAGGCAUGUUGUGUAAAUCAAAUGAUACAAACCCCCCAAAAAUCAAAUAUAAUUCCAGGUUGUAAGGCAUCAAUAUAGGAAAAACGCCAAGGGGGGUGAAUACUUUCGCAAGCCACUGUAUGUCUGCGUCAAAAAUAGCACCUAUUCCCUAUAUAGUGCGCUUCUUUUGACGAGAGCCCUAUGGGCCUUGGUCAAAAGUAGUGCACUAUAUAUGGAAUUGGUUCCAUUUGGGACGCUAAUUAUGUGUGUGGCUUUAUUAUGUGCACAGAACUGCAUGCUGGGAUUGGACCAGGGUCAAGUAUGGAUUGGCUCCCAGGAUUCCAUCAUUUACAUAAUUGACACUCGCAGCAUGUCCUGCAAUAAGCAGCUGACAGAGCACAGGCAUGAGGUUAUGGACUUUGCCCUGGAGGAGAGUGACAAGAUGAGGUAAAAUGUUACACAUAUAGUACUGUAUGUCUGUGUCCCAGAGUGCAGCUUAUUCCCUAUAUAGGUCACUCCUUUUGACCAGGGCUCAUAUGGUAAAAAUUAGCGCAGUAUGUGUAUAGGGAAUAGGGUGCCAUUUGGGACACAGUCGGAGUCCUCUUCAUGCUACUGUCACUUCACCCUCACAAACUAUUAACCCAGGAUUCUAUUGCAAAGGAAGGAUAAAGUGUUCUUACUGCCUGUUCAAAUUACCAAUGCACCUAUUGCAGAAAGUAGUUAUUGUGGUCCUCUGUAGCUCAAUUGCUAGAGCAUGGCGCUUGUAACGCCAGGGUAGUGGGUUCGAUCCCCGGGACCACCCAUACGUAAAAAUGUUAUGCGCACAUGACUAUAAGUCGCUUUGGAUAAAAGCGUCUGCUAAAUGGCAUAUUAUUAUAUUAUUAAUAUUCUGACUGACAUCACCCCAGUAUAAUUUUGCAAGGCUCUUAGAAUGUGGAGUGUUCAGUGUUGUGAUGCCUAUUUCCAACCAGCAGAUGACAGUAGUGUACUUAAACGACACUACUUAACACUGUGAAUCUUCAGUAGUUAAACCACAAUCAGGCUUCUGCGUGGUGCUUGUUUUAAUCCAACUGUCCCUCUCCUCCCUCCCUCCCAGUCAGACAUACUCCUGUAGUGCCGAUGGAACAGUCAUUCUGUGGGACCUCUCAACGCUAAAAGUGAAAAAGCAGUUUCAACUGACCUGUGAUAGGCUUAUGUCCAUUCAGCUCUUCAAUGGAACACUGUGGUGCUGUAAGUAAACUCACUCAGUCAUAGUUAUACUCUAACUGUAUAUUAUUAUUAUUAUUAUAUUUUUGUACAUACUCCCAUGUAUUGUAUACCCUGCCAAUGAUCAAUUAACAAAAGUGUGUCAAGUGAAAGACAGAAACGUUUUUGUUUUGUUCAAAUCAAAUUGUGUUUGUCACACCUUACCGUGAAAUGCUUACUUACAAUCCUAUAACCAACAAUGCAGUUUAAAGAAAAAUAAGAGUUUUACUAAAAUAUUGACUAAACAAUAAAAUAACAAUAAAAUAACAAUUACGAGGCUAUAUACAGGGGGUACCGGUACAGAGUCAAUGGUUAGUCGAGGUAAUUGAGGUAAUGUACAUGUAGGUAGAGGUAAAGUUCCCAUUUGUUGUUAUGUUGACUAGGUGCCAGAGACGGCAUCAUUGAACUGAGGAAGAACGGAUCCCCACUUCGUAAGAUGACACUUCCUGAGGAUCUACGGAGCAUGCCCACUGAGUUCAGCAGCCUCAUCCUCUUCUUAGAGGUAGUAGGCCUAUGUUCCCUUCAUCUUGGAGAUUUUACUGAACCAAGAUCUUUAUCUCAUCCUGGCCCUUCACCUUGGUCUCCAAGUGGUCUCAGUAAUCAAGCCAGGCAAAAUGUAUUUUUGCAACGGUCAGUUUGCUUGUCAUGCGAGUGUCAUGAGCUGAUGGCUAAACCAGUCCACUGUGUGUUUCUUUCAGAGGGGCCAGUUGUGGACGAGCUGUUCUGAUUCUGACGAGCUCUGUCUCUGGCACUUUAAAGACCUGACCAAGCCUUUCCUGAGGGUACAGCUACAGAACUGUACAGGGGUCAACCGUAUGAUCAAGGUUAAGAAUCAGGUGAGAAAAUAAUGGUCUCGGUUGGAUGUUCACACCUGCUGUUCUUUGCAUUUUUUUGCUGAUAAGACUUUAUUGGAAGGGUACCAACAUAAGAACCUCUUAACACAUUAAUAUUAACCAAUACAAAACACAUUCAUAAGCAGCGCCUAAUAAUUUAGUAAAUGAUUCUGUCAACAAUCGUCUUUCUCUGAAUUUUGCAAUUUCUACAAAAGCUUUCAAAGUAGCAGUUAAGAUAGUACAGGACUUAGAAAUGAUACCAUACAUUCCACCCUACCAUCAUUAAUUAUCUUCUUUCUCAUAGUGAGAAUUGGCGUUUCCAGAGCAAAUGCUGCUUUUUAUUUAGGUAGUAAAUGUCACAGUACAACUGCAAAGCCUCAACAAGCUUAUCUUCCUUGUUUGUCUCUACCCCUCCCUCCUCCAGAUCUGGGUUGGCUGCAGAGGGCCGAGCCCGGACCAGUGCAGGGUGAGUGGGAAGAUCUACAUAGUGGACACAGAGAGCCACAGUGUGGAGAAGGAGCUGAUGGCCCACACAGACAGUGUCCAGGCACUGUGCUCUGCCGAGGACCGCUAUGUACUCAGCGGCUCCGCCUGCCAGGAUGGCAAAAUCGCCAUUUGGAAGGUCGAGUAGAGAACGAGUAGCCUGGUCCAAUAUCUGUUUGUGUGGUUUCGCCAACUCUUUUAAGUGAAUAAAACGUUUGGCACAACAAUGACAGGAGUUUCCUAAACAGCACAAAUAGAUCUGGGACCAGGUUAGAGGAAGAGCCCUGCAGACCCUGAGGAGUCCUAAAAGUCUGAAGAAGCUAUAGACUCCUCAAACUCAACUCUGGACCUCGAAGCCAGUUCCACUGCUUUGUUUCAUUGUUCCCUCUAAUCAGGGACUGAUUUAGACCUGGGACACCAGGUGGGUGCAAUGAAUUAUCAGGUAGAACAGAAAAGCAGCAGGCUCCAGACCUCAUAGGGUCAGAGUUCAACGCCCCUGCCAUAGACUAUAAACUGUUCUUGUUUUUUCAAAGCAUUGCUCUGAAAUGUGUUUUUCCUGGAUAAAAGACUGAAGACUGGCCAUUUUGUUUUUCACAUCCUUCGAUUCUGUGUCCCAAGUGGCACCCACGUUGCGCCACCUUCUGGUCUGGUCUCCCCCCUCCCUGCCGUACUCAGCAGCACCACCUUGUUAGAAAAUCCUGGUGAGGACCCUGCUAUUCCCUAUAUAGUGCACUACUUUUGACCAGAGCCCUAUAGAGAAUAGGGUGCCUUUAGGGACGCAGUAAAUAUACAGUGGACAGUGAGGCUCAGGGAAUUACCUGAUCAUGAAGAACCAUGUCGUUCUCUUUAUUUUAAUGUUGGGGACUGCCUUUAUAUACUGUGUGAUGAUGUAAUAGCAUUUCUCCGACUGUUUCACAGCAUUUUUACUUAUUUCACUAACAAUAUUCUGGAUACACUAAAUGUCUUCUUUCAGAUUCAUAUCUCCGCUGCACCCAUGUCUUAGCUGUCACUUACAAUAAAAAAGUAUUGUACGGUUUGUAUUCCUAAACUUAUUCAUGCAAGUCACCCUUUCUUUCAUAUACUGAGAACGCUGAAUUUGGUCUUGAAUACAAACCAUUGUCAUCUAAAAUCAUAUUCUGAGCAGUUACCGUGUGCUUCACCCCAUCGUAUGGGCAUUGAGGGUUAGUUCUUCAGUGAAUAUGUCUUAGUUAGCCCUUUAGAGCGAGGUUGCCUUGGGUGUGAACAGCGAACAGAUCAGUGAUUCUGUAUCUUACUAUGGCAGGCAUCCUCAUCCACAAUGCAUUCUUCUUCCAGUCCAUGUUCUGGGCAGGGAUUCAGUGGUCUGGCCGAGGGUGGUGGGAGGCUGCUCUAAUGCACCCUGGGGGUACGUCCCAAAUGGCACCCUAUUCCCUAGAAAUUGCACUACUUUUGACCAGGGCCAAUAAGCUUGUGGUCAAAAGUACUGCACUAUUUAGGGAAUAGGGUGCAUUUGGGACUUAGACUGGGUCUCUGGUAUGGGCGUGGCUUGCUGUGUGUUGUAGUAUUAUGCAGGGAGGUUAAUGAAAGGAAUGUUUUGGGAUGUGUCUGUUAGACAAUGGAAACACAGAGUUCUCUCCCAUGUCUGUCUGUGUGGGUGUGAAUGACAUGUAAAUGUGAGUCUGUUUAACCACAGAGAACUCUGUUGUCAAAGCAUUUUUUUGCAUUGCGAAAUAACAUUAUUUCUAAUGAAAGUGGCUAUUUGUAUAAUCAAUGUUGACAUUUUAUGAAACAUCUAUGAAAAUUGCAUUAGUCACUUUAGUAUACGAAAAUAAGGCUUUGUGAAGAACUGCAAUGCUCGUUGAUGCAAUUGUCAGGGAAAAAGCUAUUUACAAGUAGAACAAUUUAUAUAUAAUAUAAUAUGCCAUUUAGCAGACGCUUUUAUCCAAAGCGACUUACAGUCGUGCGUGCAUACAUUUUUUGAAUUUGCCUUUUGACACCUGAGAUGGUCAGUGAGUCCUCUGAACUCACCGGCCGUUUCUACUGGGCAUGGUCACUACAUGGUCACUACACGUCAGCCAUAUUGGAACUAUUAGGAUGCAAAGCUGCUGUGUCAGUGGGAACCGAGAGGAGGGAGCUCGAGCACGGUGUUGUGGAGAAACCAAAACGGAGAGGGAAACCCACACAGCUAUACGGUUAUAACGGGAUUGUAACACAUAUUUGCAGGAUAGGAGACCGGUUAACGGAAAUAGUUGAGGUGGAGCUUCGAUAGUAAAGAUAUACGUGAGUAUAACGUGGCCUUAUACAUUUUUUAAUGAUGUCGAGGAUAUUAAAUAACUUUAACGCUAGCCAGUUAGCAUAGUAAGACACCAGUCAUUGACAAUGGGUUGCAGUGAGAGUCGGAACAUUCUGUUAGCCUACUUUAAUUGGCGUUUUUGGUGGAGAAAAUACGGUUUCAUUAGAUGGCGAAAAGGGGAAUAAACCCUUUAUGCACAUGAAUAUGCAUGUUUCUGCAAACAGUGGUGCAGUGUCCGAAUCUCACGCCUAGGUGCAAGGUUCAGGGAACACAGAAUGUCUUAUUCAAAUAGUGUACAGCGAGUAGCUACCCCGUGGUGAAUAGGGAAAUGAUACAAUGUUGCUAGUUGAAAAUAAAAAAGUUGUUACAACAUUGUUACAAUGUUACAAAUUGUAACAACUCUCAUGGUUGUUUUGAGAGCUCGCUACAUUGUAUGCCAUUGCAUUAUGUAGUUCUGUAGCCUGCUCAGCCCCAGUCAAUCCGUAUGCAAUUGUUAAUAUUACCUUUGAGUAAUGUAUACUUGCAGGGGAAUAGGGGAAGAUUAGAGGAGCCCCUAGUAUCCUCUGUAUUUGACAAGCUGAUG